AUGCAUGGAGUAAUCGUCUCGUCCGUCCUCAUCCCUGGCGCCCUGUCAGCUCUGGUGUCCGGCGCCAUGGCAGACCGUUUCGGGCACGUCCUCCUCUUCUCCCUGGGGGCCUUCGUCUACGGCUGCGGCGCUGGUAUUGAGUGCGCUUCGCCUGUCCUUGGGGUCUUCAUCUUGGGUCGUCUCAUCAAGGGCGUCGGCGAGGGGAUGUUUUUGAGCAACGUUUACGUCCAAGUCUCGGAAAUCUCGCCUGCCCGGGUCCGGGGUAUCAUCACUGCCCUGCCACAGUUUUCCAUCGUCACUGGUAUUGUGAUCGGCUACUUCAUGUGCUAUGGUACCGCCCGUAUCGAAGUAUCAUCCCUGGCAUGGCGCCUGCCGCUGGCUGUAGCUUCAUUUCUGGGAUUUGCUCUCUCGAGCACGUACUGGAUCGUCCCACCGUCACCCAGAUGGCUUCUCGGAAAAGGACGAAUCGAAGAGGCCCGAGGCGUGUUGGAUCGCCUUGGUCUGGACCAAAGCGAGCGUGAGGAACUGCUGGAGCAAUCCCUGGCCCAGGCUCAAGAACAGAAACCCGACGUUACACUGCUGGAAACCUUAAGACAGUUGUUUACCGACUUCAGAGAAGCCUUUUCGGCACCCUUCCGGAGCAGGACCAUAUUUGGCUGUUUCUUGCUGGGAAUGCAGCAGUGGAGCGGUAUUGAUGGGAUUCUCUACUAUGCCCCUAUUCUCUUCACACAAGCUGGACUGAGCGGCGAAGAGGCCACAUUCCUCGCAUCUGGCGUCUCAGCUUUAGUGAUUCUGGCAGCCACUGUUCCGGCAACAUUCUUAGCAGACAGAUGGGGCCGCCGGACGUCAAGUCUGCUCGGUGGUGUUCUCAUCACCGCUUUGAUGCUACUCAUGGGCUCGCUAUUUGCAGCUGGUGAGGUUCACGCCGAGACGGGUGCCGGGAAGUGGGUUGUCAUCGUAUCCAUCUACCUCUUCGCCAUCGUAUACAGCGCCACCUGGGCCAUUGGUUUUCGCACCUUCAUGGUGGAAAGCCUGCCGUCUAGGACUCGCAGUAGUGCUUCCAGCCUGGCACAGAGCUCGAACUGGCCCUUGUGA